GUCACUCCAGAUUAACGAGUGCAUCCACGAGGUGCUAGGUUGAGCGAUGGAUGGCAGUUGAAAGUCCCAUCCACGAUUAUAUUGCAGGAGCUUUUGGAGGAUCCAUUGGGUAUGCUGUUGGGUACCCAUUUGACACAACAAAGACACAGCUUCAAACACAGCUGCAUGGGAACCGGUACAAAGGCUUCACUGACGCUUUUACACACAUCUAUAAACAACAAUGGAUCAGUGGGUUUUACAGGGGCAUGUCAUGGCCUCUGAUCACAGUCGGAGUGACAAACUCCAUAUUUUUCGGUGUGUAUGGAAAUAUGCUGAAGUCCCUAGAGCCCAACAGAGAGAAACGGAAGAAGGCAUACAGCAAGAUAUUGUUAGCCAGUUGUUUGGGAGGAGCAGCACAGUGCCUGGUGGUCAUGCCCAUAGACUAUAUCAAAGUAAUCCUACAAUCCCAGAUCAGACAUGACGUCCAUUCAAGCAAAGUUGUUACAGCAUCAGUUGAGAGUGCCAUGUUCCGUGGUCCAAUGGAAUGUGCCCGCUAUAUCUGUCGGACAGAGGGCCCACAUGGGCUGUACAAGGGCGCAGGGCUAACUUUGUGUCGAGAUAUUCCGUGUUUUGGUGUGUAUGGUCUCACCUACAUGUUAAUAAGUGGACAGAUGAAGGAGAGGGGCUGGUGUGACUCCCGGGGCAUUGUAGCUGACCUGUUGGGAGGAGGGCUGGCAGGUGUGGCCGCAUGGCUAUCGGUUAUGCCGGUGGAUGUAGUGAAAAGUCGAUACCAGGCUGACUACCGAGGAGAGUUCAGUGGCUAUGUUAACUGUGCACUACAGAGUUACAGAGAGGAGGGACUUCGGGUGUUCUACAGAGGCAGUAUGGCCAUCUGUCUCCGUAGCUUCUCCUCGAAUGCUGUCGAGUUCAUGGUCUACGCACAACUUAUGCGUUAUUUUCAAGGCUCAGGUCAUUACUCUGAAGACUAGUUGUCUUAGAUUCACAAACAAACUUUAAACUCAUUUCAGUAACUUAUUAAACAUCCAAUUGCUAUUUUGGUAAUUUGGUAGAGAGUGUGACUUAAUUAUUGUAAUAUAUAUUCCAAUGUCGCCUUUGAUAUUGAUAUUUGAUACAAACAUCAUAACUGUUGAUUUGUUCCUUUAUAUCCUUGCCAGUUGUGCAUUAUGUAAUUAGACGUUUACACAGCUUUAUGAAACUUAAUCAAUUGUUUAAAUGCAUGCUGUAGUGUUUGUAUAAUUUACCCGUGUUCAUUUUAAGAGAGAAAUUGUGUUGUUAUAUAUAUAUAUACAUGUAAUAUACAGAUACUAGUCUCCUUUAUUUUUUCAUAUUUAUUUUGAAUUUUACAUUUGAUAUUAAUCGACAGAUUGGUCAUAUUAUGUUGAUAUUAACAUACUGUGAUAUUGAAACUUUGAGGUCUGACGAUGUACUUCCUAAAUUAUCCAUUAUAUAAAUGCUGUAAAUAAGGUCAUUAAAAUUUGUUCCUU